CCAUCCCAGUUUCUGUUUCGUGAUUCGUGUGUUGCUCGUACGUAGGAAGAGGUAGCGUAAUCGUAACUCGCAAAUGUUACACAGGAACGACCCAAAAGUUUAUUUGUUCGUUUUGUCCUCUUGAAUUCGUUUUGUGUUCCAAGAAUGUGUUUACUGUAAAAUGUUUUGGACAGUCAUUCCCUAAAAAUAGUCACAUACCGCAACCUUGCUUCCACAAAAACAGUUUACUCCAAGUCGGCACAAUCAUCAAAAUUUCACCAUGAAAGUUACAGUAACCACUCUUAACGAUGAUAUAUUCGUUCUGCAAGUAUCAGAGGAUUUGGAGUUGGAAAAUUUCAAGGCAUUUUGUGAAAUAGAGUCCGGUUUUCCUGCGAAGGAAAUAACUUUGAAUUUCAAUGGGAAACCUCUGCUUGACGACAAGAAAUCAUUGAAGGCGCAUGGAGUGCAUGAUGGAGACGUCAUCGUGCUCGUCCACUUGGUACAGUCCGGCUCCAAUCUCAACCUCACUGAUGCUAAUCAAGCUCUACCAUCGGGCUUAGCUAGCCUAGAUUUUAGCAAUAUUCAAGUACCAACAGUACCAACUGGACCAAGUACUUCAAUGGCUGCAAGAAACCCGCCAGUUGAGGAAGACCCACGCAUUAUUAGAGAAAUGUUUCUUGCCAAUCCUGACCAGCUUGCUCUGCUCAAACAGAAUAAUCCUAGACUAGCAGAUGCUCUACUUAGUGGAAACCUUGAUACUUUUGCAUCUGUGCUUCGUGAACAAAUAACUGCUAGGACUCAGCGUCAACAACAAAGAAUAAGGAUGAUGAAUUCAGAUCCAUUUGAUACGGAAGCCCAAAGAAUGAUUGCAGAAGAAAUCAGACAAAAGAACAUUGAAGCAAACAUGGAGGCUGCCAUGGAGUACAACCCAGAAACAUUUGGCACUGUUGUUAUGCUUUAUAUAAAUUGUCAUGUGAAUGGGUUUCCUGUGAAAGCUUUCAUAGAUUCGGGAGCUCAAACUACAAUUAUGUCUGCAGCAUGUGCAGAAAGAUGUAAUAUUAUGCGACUUGUGGACACUCGAUGGGCAGGUAUAGCUAAAGGUGUGGGAGUUCAGAGAAUCAUUGGUCGUAUCCAUAUGGUCCAGAUGAGAAUUGAGAAAGAUUUCCUGACCACAUCUUUCUCUGUUUUGGAAGAACAACCUAUGGACAUGUUACUUGGCUUGGAUAUGCUUAAAAGACACCAGUGCAACAUAGACUUAAAACGGAAUGUUCUUCGCAUCGGCACUACAGGCACCGAGACCCCGUUUUUGCCUGAAUCAGACCUACCAGAGUGCGCUCGUCUCUCAGGCUAUUCAGAAGAUGAAAUUGUCAAUCAAUCUGUGCGAGAGCAUGAGGAACAACAAGUGAAGGAGGCACUAGAGAAAUCAAAGCAAGAAGCUGGAGGGACACAGAGGUCUCCGUCUACAUCCGGGGCUCCAUCUGCAAAUUCACAAACAGGCAAUCAGAGAAUGGGUCUUGGUGACCCGAGCCAGACAAUCUUGCCUACUGACUCGUUUGGAGAGUCCGAAGUAGAAGAAAUCGUAGCCCUGGGCUUCACCAGGGAACAGGCAAUUGUCGAGUUGCGGCGGUUCAACGGCGACAAGACUCAGGCUACAGUAGCUCUAUUCGCAAAGUCCCUCAAGUUCUGAUGACGAACGACACACACUCUCAUGUACAGCGACCAGAGGUAAAAAAUAUUAUAUAUUUGAUUAAAACCUGAAAGACACCUGAACUAAAACGAAUUGAUAAGCAAUACUCACAAUACAAUAAUUACGACUGUUUAUCAAAUAUAUACUCAGGCUUGUGUACAAUAAUUAGAUAAAUGCAGUAAACACGUUACAGGGCAGAUCUCGAUACCUUAUUGCAUUACUCAAAUAGUUUUGUUUUUUAGUCGAUUAAUGUCGGAAAAGGGGUCUGCUCAUGUGCGUGUAUUCUACAGAUAUGAAUUAUUUUUUUUGUAUGUUAGACAUUUCCUAGGGGUACCUUUAUCGAUUGGGCAUCUGGAUCUUGUUUUAAGAGUUUAUGUGACGGGAAUAGAUAUUUGACGAUGAUAAUAAUAAUAAAUAAGACUUAAAGUAUAAGUUCUCUAUGCUUGAUAUACAUUGUUAUUGUGUGAGCACAUAUUUUUUUUUAUAAAAUGUAUUUAAGUGACUUAGAUAAGGCUGAUAAAAAAUAUGUUCGGGAAAAUUAUUUUGUUCCCUUUAUUAUCCUUAACUCUGCCGAAUUUCAUAUGCUUAUUUACGCGUUGAAUAUAAUAGUAAUUUGUACUUGGCUAUAUUGUUCGCGAAUGUAAAAUGACUCGGAUAAAUUGCAACUAUUCGUCUAAUAAUUUAGAACUGUGACCGAUUAUUGUAACUCACUGGCAGGUAUAGCCAGCUGACUUGACUCCUGACUGCUUUAAGACUGUUUGCUUGGGCAGAUGGUCAGAAGGUACUAACUGUUGGUUGCUCUUGGUAAAACCAAGGAAAGAAGAAAGAGGUUGAAAGGCCCAAGUAAACCGCGAAACGCGCGCCAUACAAGUAUGAGCAAAAUGUUCAUACUUCAACUUUGCAUUCUACUCGUCCGAAAACUUUACGACUCACGGAGCUCCGCGAUAGUAUAUCAAAAGGUUGUCUUGUGCAUUAUAACCUGCAUCUCUCUCUCUCUAUUUAAGAGCUGCGCUCUUGUCGGUGGAGUAACCGCCAUUCCUCUCUUCUUCCCGCAAAAACCUUCACCUCCCGAUACGACACGACCUGCACCUUCUCUUUUAUUUGUUUCAUAAAUGUUAUCCUAGGUCUACCCCUUCCUCUCUUCCCUUCAAUUUUUCCUUCUAUAAUGUUUGUUAUAAAUGAAUCGUGUCGUAUCAGGUGGCCAAUCAUAUUUCCUCUCCGGUUCUCUAUAGUCUUCAAUAUGGUUCUCUUUUCUUCAACUCUUUCCAGCACUUUUUCAUUUGACACCAUUUCAGUCCAGCAUGCAGGGUAAAAAAUAAAUAUUGACUAUCAUGCAAGGAGAUCCCUCCUUAUCACAGGAAAGCUAAAAAUAUGACCGGUUAAUUAUCAAAAAAUACUUUUGUAUGCAGUAUCUUACGAAAAGUAAUGAUAAAAUUGCAGCCUAUAAAGCGGCUAUGGAAUUUGAGAAGCAGUAGCUAUCAUUCAGAGCUAUCAUAGUUAUCUGUAUGCAGGAGUAGUAGUACAAGAGACCGGGGUUGAACCGGCGACAGCGGUUCUCAUACAAAAUGAGCGUGAGGACCUUUCCAUCCUCUUUCUUCUAUUCUUUGCGUAAAACACUUCUAAUUUUACUUGAUAAUAGUCGCGUUUCUAGUAUAAAUAUUAUUAUAUGUACAAUGUGUGCAACAGAGGAUGUAUCCUACUAUCUAAUUAAUAUAAGUAUUAGGUAAUUAUGAUUUAUGUAUUUUGUAUGUUUUCGAUUCAAUAAAAAAAUAUUAUAGUGA